CAGAAAAAAUGCUUGGCUUUGUCAUAUUAAAAUGCACAAAGGAAGACGAGUGGAGCUUGAGGAGUUAAUGACCAGAGAUGAGGAGAGAUGGUGCUAAUACUGAAAUUACAAGAGGCCUCACCAUGCUGACGUCCUCCCUGUUCCUUGUGCUGCUCUGUGGGCUUUUGGGAGGCUGGGUCUUGUCCGUCUGUCCGUCUAUGUGCUCUUGUAGUGGGGGUCACCGUGACGUGGACUGUUCUUUAAAAAGCCUAACCAAGCUGCCACAUGGCCUGCAGCACAACAUCCGUUUUCUCAACCUCUCGUUUAACAGCUUGAAGGAUCUUGGUGGUCAGCUAAGCCGCUAUGAUCACCUGCGAACCCUGGAUCUCUCCUACAACCACCUGGAAAGCCUGCCGUCUGUCUUGCCACGGUCUCUAUGGGACAUCAAAGCAGCGUGGAACCGUCUACGUUGGCUCGACAAGAGAGAUACAGCUUACCACUGGAACCUUAAACUGCUGGAUCUGUCGCAUAACGAACUGGAGAGAAUAGUUUUCAUCAACAACACUCUCCUUAGUGUUACAUCUCUCAACCUCAGUCACAACAGAUUUUGGACUGUGCCCACAAACAUGCCUCAUAACUUGGAAAUUAUUGAUUUGUCAUUUAACUAUUUGGUUCAGAUUCUGCCUGGCUCUUUGGAUCGGCUUCCAAAGCUGGUUAAAUUGUAUUUGCAUGCUAACCACUUCUCAGUACUGCCUGAAGGAAUAUUUGAUAAACUGAGAGCACUGAAAACAAUCACGCUUGGAGAUAAUCCCUGGGCUUGUGAGAAAGAAGACAACAUAACAAGAAUCCUUAGAUGGGCAGAGCAAACUCAUGCGACUGUGCUGGGGUGUCCCUGUUACACAACACCAGUCUGUGGACAAAGCCAUUUGGCAACAAAGGAGAGACACCUGGAUUCUGCUCCACUCACAGAGUCAACUAUGAACAAUAGAGGAGAAGAAUAUGAUGACAUGUUCACUGCAAGCAUUGUCAUGGUGACUUCAGCUUCUGAGACAAAUCCUUCCCAGCAUAAGUCUGGGUUGGGGAUGUGGACCUCUACAGGUUUUCACAGCAUCUCCAAGCUCACAAGCACAACAGAACACCUGCUGUCUUCCACUGUAAAGCCCAAGAUGGCCAACUCCCAGAGCAAAAGUCAAAAGGUAUUUGCUCAGAUUGAAAUGGUGCUUCUAAAUAUUUUUGUUCUAACAAUAGCACUCAGCAUGUACUGAACUAAAGGCGCUUGACGCACCAAAUUAGACACCACAUUACCCUUAUGCUUAUAUGUGGAGUGCCAUAUGAUGCCUACAAAUGUUAGUAAUUACGUUUGCAAUUCAAUAGUUAGAACACAAAUGCAUGAUCCUGUCAUUCCUUGUGUGGGAAAUAAACUAAGUCUAUUGAGAUCAUUCGUUUUUGUAAGAUUUCCAACAAGAUUAAUACAAACUGGAAGCAGAACCAC